AUGCCGUAUUGCCCCAUGCCGUAUCACCCCAUGCCGUAUCACCCCAUGCCGUAUCACCCCAUGCCGUAUCACCCCAUGCCGUAUCACCCCAUGCCGUAUCACCCCAUGCCGUAUCGCCCCAUGCCGUAUCACCCCAUGCCGUAUCACCCCAUGCCGGUUUGCCCCAUGCCGUGUUGCCACGUGGCAGGGCAUAUCGACAGGCUGCCUCGUCACCGCCGUUCUCUCUCUCUUUGCCAUGCACCAGGUGCGCCGCAGCACCAAGAGUGGGAGGGAAGGAAGCCUUCAGCUGACCUUGACGCGCGACUCAUGGCGAUUGAAGAGCAUGUGUCACGAAUCGCAGCGGAAAACGUGACAGGGGUGGUGCGGGAGGAGGUGGGGCAGCUGGGCGGGCAGGUGGAGAGCGUGCAGGCGCUGCAGCGUGCCAGAACCGAGGCGGGCGGCAACGGGACGGCGGACAUGGGCGGCGACUGGGCGGUGGUGCUGGAGGCGCGGGCACGGGACGCGGAGCAGCGGGCGGCACAGCUGAAUGAGACGGUGGGGCGGCUCACGGCCGGCAUGAGGAAACAGGCGGCUGAGAUUGCGGCUCUCAAGGCAGCAGAGCAGGUGGCGGCGGGAGCAGCAGGGCUGCCCAAGCGGCCAAGAGGCAAGAUGGUGGUGUUGGAGGAUGAACCCUCUCGCUGGCGCCCAGAGUAG